AUGCAACGUGAAAAGCAUUUUUUAUACGUUUAUCUAUUGUUUGUAUCCUCCAUAUCUUUUUCUUUUUCACUUUAGUUUUAGCUGAUAAAAUUUCUAUUCAUUCUUUUUCCUCUCCAGUCUUAACUCAAUAUCUUCCGAGAAGUUCUCUGAAAUCUGCCUUAACAACUACCCAGCAAAGUUCUUCCACCAUAUUUCGACAAGAUUCAACAUGCUUCCAAUUCUAUUUUCCUUCUUGGCGUCUUCAGCAGCAGUUGUUUCCGCCCAUGACUCCUUGAGAUCACAGGGAUGUAUAAAAGGGAAUUUCCAUGAUCUUGUGAUCAGAGAUUCCUGUGGAGAUGAUAUGUCAAUUGCCAAAUGUCUCGCAGAAGACGUUGAUUUAAGACACCUGGAUCAAAUAGAGCAAUGUUUUAUAGCUGGUGGAUGCGAUGCGAUCGAUUCCACUGUAUCGGCGGUAUGGUUUUCAUAUGAAUGUAAUGAUCGCCAGGGAUCGGUCGAGGAGGCUAUGAAGGAAGAUUUACGCAAGCGAGCUACCGAAAGCAGCUCGACUUCAGAAAGUACUACAGAAUCAAUAACAACGGCUUCAAGUUCAACUUUGAGUUCCGCCAGUACAACUGCAGCCACAACCACGAUCUAUGCUUCCACAAGCGCUUCAGCUUCAACCUCGUCUUCGACUUCAGCAGCCUCAUCGACCACUACCACUUCAUCAUCUACAACUAGAAGCGCCUCUGCUUCUACUACCACAAGUAUAACUUCUUCUACAUCGGGCACAACUACCAGCGCGACGAGCAGCGGGACUGGGACUUCCACAAGCUCCCUUGCCUGCUCCACAACAUCCUAUUAUUCUACGAGUGUAUGCUCAUAUGGAACUGGAACAUCCACGGGUGUGACUCUUGGAUGUGUCACUACAUCAUUGGCCUCCUCGACUUGUGCACCAGGAGUUUUGUGUACGACUGCAGCAUCCGGAGACGAUGUAUGUAUGAAAAUUGACAAUGAUCUUACCACAUCUGGUUUGGCAGUCACAAUAUUUUUCGCAGUUAGCAUUAGCGCAUUUCUUAUUGGACUUUUGAUAAUUGGAUGCAAAGAUCGUCGAGACGCCAAGAAGCUUCAAGCUGAGCGUGUAGCGCUCCUUGAAGCAAAGAGUAAGGAGGCAAUGCAACCACGUAAUCAAAAGAGAUCUAAGUCGGUGGCACAACCAGAUGCCUUUGGACACUCAGAAGCGGACUUGCCUUUGAUUCUUGAGCCCAGCUAUCAGUAGAAUUGUUCGAAUGAGUCGCCAUACAGUGCUCCAAAUGAGGCUUGAGUUAGCUUCGAAAAUGUUGAAGUAGUAGGAUGAGUCUUGGAGACGCACGGAGAUGGAGUUUAAGGAGUUUAGUUAUGGAAUGUAUGUGAGG